AUGGGCAAGUCCUUCACAGCCCUUGGGGGAUUCUGUGGAGCCCUCAGACUGGGAGGAGGUACCACUUGUGUCCUCCUGUCCUUCCCUUUCAUCUUUAACCCCUGCCUGGGUUGUAAGGAGAACACUCCGCAGUGGGCAGCCUUCAUCUACUACCUCCCCUUCAUCAUCAUCUUCCAGUUUGGCUGGGCGGCUACACAGAUCUCCCACUUGUCCCUCAUCCCUGAGCUGGUGACUAAUGACCAUGAGAAGGUGGAGCUCACAGCCUUCAGGUACGCCUUCACUGUCAUGGCCAAUAUCACUGUGUAUGGCCUAGCCUGGCUUGAGCACCUGGGCAUCCAGGAUGUCCCUGUAUUUCGGAACCUGUCCCUCAUUGUGGUGGGCCUGGGGGCCGUGUUCUCCCUCAUCUUCCACCUGGGCACCAAAGAGAAGCCAUACCCGCUGGGUGUGCUGCCCCAGCCUGAGGAGAGCACACCCCUGCUGCACAAGGAUCCUGCGAGCCCCCCACGUCCACUGCUGCUCUGGAAACAUUGGCUGCUGGAGCCUGCUUUCUACCAGGUGGCAGUGCUCUACAUGGCCACUCGGCUCAUCGUCAAUCUGUCCCAGACCUACAUUGCCAUGUACCUGACUAACUCGCUGCUGCUACCCAAGAAAUACAUUGCCACCAUCCCCUUGAUGAUGUACGUCAGUGGCUUCCUCUCCUCCUUCCUCAUGAAGCCUGUGAAUAAGUGGAUAGGCCGAAAUCUGACCUACUUCGUGGGCAUCCUGGUGAUCUUGGCCUUUGCCUCCUGGGUGACCCUGACCAGGCAGAUGGGAGUGGAGAUCUAUGCGGCAGCUAUGCUGCUUGGGGCUGGCUCAGCCACCAUCCUGGUCACAUCCCUCUCCAUGACAGCUGACCUUAUUGGGACCAACACGCACAGUGGUGCGUUCGUCUACGGGGCCAUGAGCUUCACAGACAAGAUGGCCAAUGGACUGGCUGUGAUGGCAAUCCAAAACCUGCACCCAUGCCCGACCGAGCUCUGCUGUCCUGCCUGCAUCAACUUCUACCACUGGGUGAUGGUGGUGGUCACUGGGGGGAUUGCUAUGGCUGCCACAGUGUCUCUGUGCUGCAUCAUGAUCUGGCCCAUCCGGGUCCGCUUCCAUGACAUCUCCCUGCUGGGACUGAAUGGAGGAGGGACCCAGUCAAGUGAGACAGCAAGCACAGAGGGAAGGAGUCGGAGCAACACGGUCAACUGAGCUGGGCGCAUGUCCCUGGCUGUGGUGAUGUCCAUGCUGCUGCCCUCUGCCUGGAGGGACCCUGGAGGGAGGCGAUGGCACCAGGACUGGGGAGCUGGGCUCAGGUGGGAUCCAGCCACUGCCCUGCCUCUGUCACUUUGCACAGGACUUGCCACCCCACACGUUCCUUGGGGACUUGCUAGAGGGUGUCCCUAUGUGUUUGCACAAAUGUAACACUAGCAGGCCUGGGGCCAGGCUGUGGGGGUCAGCCCAGCCCUGUGUGACAGGGUGCCUGGCCCUUGGUUUUAACAUGCUUUUGUAAGGUCAGUGUCUUUAAAUAGCACUUUUUAAAGAAGGAGGGAAGAAGGGGAGGGGAAAAAAAAAACCCCUACAACCUCUAAACUUGAAUAAAUGCUAUUGUUGUCAAAGGAGCCUCUUCCCUGGGCCC